GCAGCCUAACCCUGUCACCUUUCCUGGCAGGUGCGCAUGGAGACAGGGCAAGAGACGUGCCAUCAGCUACUCAACAACUACUAACACUUCCUUUGGGUUCGACAGGAUACCAUUUUUUAUUUUAUUUAUUUUUUAUUUCUGCAACAAUUCUCAAAUCAUGUGAAUACUUCUUUUUUGUGGAAUAAGAUUUUGCUGUUGUGAAGAACAAAGUCCUGUGGAAUAAUUAGCAAAUUGCCGGAGUUUAUGCAGAUCCUCAAUAAACAGCCCAAGCAAAUUUUCAGGAGUGAUUACCCAAAGGCUCCAGAUGUGAUCUAAUUGCAGUGAAUGGCCUAACAGGAAAUAAAAUGGCAAAAAUCUGCACAGAACAAUCGUUCCCCUCACAAAGAUCCGCCUUCACUCCUGAACCAGCUAUUGAAUGGAUCGAGAGAGGGGAAAGUGAUCAGCCUCCCCGUGGACUAAUGGGCAGGAUGUCCCAUUUCAUCCUGUGGUUUGGAGGCCGAUCCACCAAAUGUGAAGCUUCAGAAUGCAGUGAUCCAGUUAUGAUAACAGAGGAGUCUGACUCUGAAGACAUGCCAGAGGAAAUAGAUGCAUCAUGGGACAACAGAGGACAGGACCAACUGCACAAGAGGAAUUUCAACAACAAUGCAAAUCAGUGGCCUCUUGCUACACUGAAUAUGAACAACUGCAACAAUACAGAUGACAAAAAGGAUGACAGGGAGAUAAAGAAAGAUGAUAAGAAAGAAGAACCAAACAAGGAUGAGAAGAAAGAUGAAAAGAAAGAGGAGAAGAAAGAUGAAAAGAAGGAUGAGAAAAAAGAUGAAAAGAAGGAUGAGAAAAAAGAUGAAAAGAAAGAUGAGAAAAAAGAUGAGAAAAAGAAGGAAGAGGAGAAACCAAAACACGUUUGGAUUAUUGAUCCAGCGACAGAUAUGUACUAUCACUGGUUGACCAUUGUAGCGAUACCAGUCUUCUACAACCUAAUGAUGCUUGUUACCAGAGCCUGUUUUAAUGAACUGCAAGAUGAUUACACCAUCUUAUGGAUAGUUUUGGACUAUUCAUCCGAUGUCAUCUACUAUAUGGACACAUUUGUGAGAUCAAGAACAGGUUUCUUGGAGCAAGGCUUGCUAGUAAGAGAAUCUAAGAAGCUUUGGGAACGCUACAAAAAGUCGCCACAAUUCAGAUUUGAUUUGAUCUCCAUGAUACCAACAGACAUAUUAAUGCUAAAAGUGGGUUACAACAAUCCAGAACUAAGAUUCAACCGGCUUUUCAAAAUGGCUCGUCUUUUUGAGUUCUUUGACCGUACUGAAACCAGAACCAACUUCCCAAACAUCUUCCGAAUCAGCAAUCUCGUCCUGUACAUCCUAAUCAUCAUCCACUGGAACGGCUGCAUCUUUUUCGCCAUCUCAAAGACAAUCGGUUUUGGCUCAGACACUUGGGUUUAUCCCAACAUCAGCGACCCCGAGUUCGGCCGCCUUGCCAGGAAGUACAUCUACUGCUUGUACUGGUCCACUCUUACGCUCACAACCAUUGGAGAAACGCCACCGCCUGUCCGAGACGUUGAGUAUUUAUUUGUCGUCUCUGAUUUUCUCAUUGGUGUGCUCAUUUUUGCCACCAUCGUUGGUAAUGUCGGUGCCAUGAUUUCCAACAUGAAUGCAUCCCGCGCGGAGUUCCAGGCCAAGAUUGACUCCAUCAAGCAGUACAUGCAGUUCCGAAAGGUCACCAAAGAUCUGGAGGCCCGUGUCGUGAAGUGGUUCGAUUACCUUUGGACCGAACAGAAGACCUGCGAUGAAAAGGAAGUGCUCAAGAACCUCCCAGACAAGCUCAAGGCAGAGAUCGCCAUCAAUGUGCAUCUGGAAACCCUUCGGAAGGUGCGUAUUUUCCAGGACUGUGAAGCAGGUCUUCUUGUUGAGCUUGUCCUUAAACUUCAACCACAGGUUUUCAGUCCAGGCGACUACAUUUGCAAGAAGGGAGACAUUGGGCGGGAGAUGUACAUUAUCAAAGAAGGCAAACUAGCUGUGGUGGCAGAUGAUGGUGUCACGCAGUUUGUGGUGCUCAGCGAUGGCGCUUACUUCGGUGAGAUCAGCAUCCUCGGCAUCAAAGGAAGUAAAGCCGGUAACCGCAGGACUGCUAACAUUCGUAGUGUGGGAUACUCAGAUUUGUUCGCGCUCUCGAAAGAUGACCUAAUGGAGGCGUUAACCGAGUACCCAGAAGCCAAAAAGGCACUAGAGGAGAAAGGUAGGGCUAUUCUGAUGAAAGACAAUCUCAUUGACGAGGCUGCAGCCAAUGCUGGUGCAGACCCGAAGGAUCUGGAGGAAAAGGUCACUGUAAUGGAGACCAAUCUAGAUGUGAUGCAAACCAAAUUUGCUCGUCUUAUGGCAGAUUGGACAUCCAGCCAGAACAAGAUCAAACAGAGGAUCGCCAACAUGGAGGCCCGAGUGAAGACUCUUAGGCAGGAGGAUUUGUCCGAGGUCGUGGAGGAUAAGAAGGACAAAUAGUUCUAUAUCAAAAUAGUCUGACUUCACACUAUGUCACAGGAUUACUGAUUCCACAUUUACCCAUAUAGAGGAAACUGGCAUCAUUUGAGUGGAAUUGCUUGAUCUCAAAGUAGUACAGCACAGCAGCAACAUGUACUAUUUAUAGAUGUUUCAGUCAGAGACUUGGCAUUUCACAAGACCUAAAUCUAAUUUGUGAAGGCGUGUAAACAAUGACAGAUCAGACAGUUUCAGCCUCACUAAUGCAGGGUUUUCUUAAAGUAAUUUCAGACAAUGCAACAAGAACAUCCUUCUGUUUUGGGGCAUUUUGGUUCCUGAUGCUGUCGCUAUUAAGUAUCGCAGUGUCUGAAUUUCAGGUAGAGUGAUUCCUAAACUGAAUUUUAGGAGGGUUAUUGUGCAGCUAUACUCUCUGUGAGAUGUCAAGUUGCAAGUAAAUAAACACAAAAUCCUUCUGUUUUGUUGCAAUUUUUUAAGUUCUCAGGAAUUGCUGCUAAGCUUUGUCUGCAAUAUCAAAAACCAAUAUUAUCUCCGAUAUCAAAGCUUUGCUUUCAUUGAGUAAGUAUGAAUACCAAAGCAGAACAUCUUGUAAUGUGAUAAAAUUAAAGUUUAUUUUUAACAUGAGAAUAAAAUGGAGGGCCCCCGGUUCUUGUAUGUAUAUUUUAUUUCAUUCAGCUAAUGAAAAAUUGUAUAUGUGCUGGAUUAAAUAAAAAAUAUUAGAGAAAUUUUCCUAA